UCCCCAUACAGUUCCCCAACUCCUUCCAGCCUAUUUGACCCAUCACCUCCAGCGCUGCCUAAUUGCAAUGAAAACCAGUUCGUGUUUGGUUGGGGAUUUCGCUAAGGUUUCCGGAUGCCUGCGUUUAGUACCCAUGGAGCUUCCAGUUUUGUAGGUCAAAGUUCGCAUUUAACACCUCCUCCCCCCUACAGUCAGGUGAUUCCCAAACACAUGAUCCUGGAACAACUGAACAUGUUUGGCACUGCCGGAGAGCCUUUGUCCUAUCAGAGAGCCGAACUACUGACUUGAUUUUCCAAUCAAAAGACUUGAAACAGAAAAAUGGGCGGGGACGAGCAAUGGUGUUUGGUAGCACAGCGGCAGGGGGAAAAGUGUAGUGGCCGCCGCUUAUUACUGAAACGAUAUUGAACUAUUUCAAGUUUGUACCGACACUCGCCUAUUCCUCUAUUAAGGGAACCCGAGGUUCACCCCUGAGGGCUUGAGGACUUCCGAAAUUUGGCUCGUGACCAGCGGAGUCCCGUGACAGCUUGUCCCUGUCCCUCAGCUGGGAUGUUGGUAGCUGCUUUACUCACCCCAGCUCGGUGUCUCUAUUAGAUAACACGGCUGCUUCCUGCUUCACAACGCUCCCCACUUGCUGCCAUGUCUAUUCAGUACUCGGGCGAGGAGCAGCUGGCCAGCAGUUACGGGGUGGCGGACUCCUUUCCUAAAGACUUCGGCUACGGGGCGGAUGAGCCUGAAAUGGAUGAGACUUCGGCCUCCCCGGACAGCAAACCUCGUAUCCUUCUCAUGGGCAUGAGGCGAAGCGGAAAGUCCUCAAUCCAGAAGGUUGUGUUUCAUAAGAUGUCUCCAAAUGAAACCUUAUUUUUGGAAAGCACCAACAAGAUCUACAAGGAUGAUAUCUCCAACAGCUCCUUUGUAAAUUUUCAGAUAUGGGACUUCCCAGGACAGGUGGACUUUUUUGACCCUACCUUUGACUAUGAAAUGAUUUUCAGAGGAACGGGAGCAUUAAUAUAUGUGAUUGAUGCCCAGGAUGAUUACAUGGAAGCAUUAACAAGACUGCAUGCCACAGUUUCUAAAGCCUACAAAGCAAAUCCUGACAUGAACUUUGAAGUUUUUAUUCACAAAGUAGAUGGCUUAUCGGAUGACCACAAGAUAGAAACACAGAGGGAUAUCCACCAGAGAGCCAAUGAUGAUCUUGCAGAUGCUGGACUUGAAAAACUUCAUCUUAGCUUUUACCUAACUAGUAUCUAUGAUCACUCAAUAUUUGAAGCGUUUAGUAAAGUUGUGCAGAAACUUAUUCCACAAUUACCAACACUAGAAAACCUGCUGAAUAUAUUUAUAUCGAAUUCUGGUAUCGAGAAGGCUUUUUUGUUUGAUGUGGUCAGUAAAAUCUACAUUGCCACUGACAGCUCUCCUGUAGACAUGCAGUCGUAUGAAUUGUGCUGUGAUAUGAUAGACGUUGUAAUAGAUGUAUCCUGUAUAUACAGCUUGCAUGCUGAUUGUAAUGGGAGUGCUUACGACAAGGAAUCUAUGGCAAUUAUCAAACUUAACAACACAACAGUUUUAUAUUUAAAAGAAGUUACAAAAUUCCUGUCACUUGUGUGUAUCCUUAGAGAAGAGAGCUUUGAAAGGAAAGGUUUAAUAGACUACAAUUUCCACUGCUUUCGUAAAGCCAUUCAUGAAGUGUUUGAAGUGGGUGCUGCUUCCCACAGGACCUUCAGCCAGCAAUCAAGCAGCCCAAAUCUCAAUGCUGUGACUCAUAAUGGUACACCAGCCAAUGCUGUCUAAUACCUGACCUACUGGCCUUUUUAUUAUUAUUAUUAUGGAACAAAUAACAAGAAAGCUCUGCUGAGGGACAGUGCAACUCGUUUGUGACCAAGCCAGUCUGAUAUAGUGUUAUGGAAUGGCCAUUGUGGAAUUCUACUGUCUGAUAUAUAAUAAUGGAAUGCUGAACCAGUCAUUUUCAGAUAUUGCCUAUGAAAUUGAACAUAUUGGAUAUUAUAUUUUUAAUACAGGUUUGAUUCUUGUAAUAGAGUUGUUUGGCCUUAUAUCUGUAAGAACAUUCUCAGAAUCCAGACUUGCAUUAUACAAAUAUUUUGAGUAUAUACUAACCCUGGAACAUUUACACAGCUAUGCUAGUGGUUGUAAUACUAUUGGAAGACACACACUGUUCUAAGAUCUGAAAACAUUCCAGGAGCGAACGUUCACCUUACACUGUUUUCAUAAAUAUAGAUAUAAUACACAUUACACGUGUUUCCGAGAGCAUGGCGCACCAAGGUCGUCUUCAGACAUUCCUGUGACAAAAGGUGCAUUUGUGAAGACUGGCCACAGAAAAGCCAUGGAUUUCCAUGGAAUGACAUUUGAGAAAGAGUGCUCUGAUACAUAGGGUAGUUUGUUCACUGUAAUGUGGUUUUACAAAGGAAUGCAAUAAAAAAAGAGCUGUACAUAUUCAAGGGACAAUUGGAACUUAACUAUACAGUGAUGUAAUCCAGUGGAUUUACAUGGUUCAGGCAUCUUUCUAAAGGGUAAAAAAACACAAAUAACAAGUAAUUAGAAUGUGCCAUAAUGGUGUGUGUGCGCCUCCGUUUAAAUCAGUUCUUGUGGUCAUUGUCCUAAAUCUCUUAAUGUUUUGUUAACUUUUUAUUCUGUUCUAUGUAUAAAGGUUUCUGUAUAUAUCACUGAAAAAAAUGUAAAGAAACAUUCAUUGUGCAUAAAUCAAAGGUAAGCAUUUGUUUUUGAGUGCUGCUAAACAACUGCACUGUUCACUGUAUUGGAGAAAUCUUUUCCUUUCUUUAAUACACCUUUACCGGGGAUGUGCUACAUUUUCUACCUUUUACCCUUCUUCUAUAAGUAUCUUAAUAUUUUAAACUGUUCAGGGAUGGAUGUUAAUGGUUUUUAAUAAGUAAGAUCACCUUUCGGUAUUUUGAAUCCUCUUUUGAACAUUGGGUGCCUGCUCUGUGCUCCCAGUACUAGUACUGCAGCUCUCUUUCUACCAGGGAAGAGUUACACAAAUAUUAACACUAUUCUCAUAUUGGAUAUACUUUUUUUUUUUUUCCAAGGGUAACUUCAUACUUCGAGAUUUCUAAUGCAUUAUCCAUUGUUUAUAUUUCAUUUACUUUGUUCGCUACAUUGUAAUUCCUCUCCAUUGUCAUUUGCCUACGGAACGCCUACCACGUUACUGCACCUGUUGACAAACCAAAGCCCUUUGUAUUGCUGAGCUCUUCUGGAUCACUUACAUAAUUAAGUGCCACUGUAAAAUGUUUUUCGGAAUCUGUAUUUACUUAGCGUGCAUUCUACAAAGAGAUUGUGAUUUUGCUUGAACAUUCAUAUGGACCAGAGUGAAAGUCCUCAAAAUGCUUUUAUAUUUAUAUUUUUCUUUCACUCAGUUAUGUAUAAAAAAAAAAAGGGGGUUAUCAAUAAACGUAUUUACUUGCGGCACAA